UGGGAGCAGGACUUCACCGAGUAUAGUCUCUCAUCUUUGGUCAGGAUGAACAAUGGCAGCAGCAUCGGAGGUGAGCAGUGAAAGCACCGAAGGAAACAAAACUGGAAAACAUUUUUAUGGAUUAUUUCACUACAACCCCAUGAUGCUUGGACUUGAAUCACUUCCUGAUCCUAUGGACACGUGGGAAAUUAUAGAGACCAUUGGUAAAGGCACCUAUGGCAAGGUCUACAAGGUAACCAACAAGAGAGACGGGAGUCUGGCUGCAGUGAAAAUUCUGGACCCCAUCAGUGAUAUGGAUGAAGAAAUUGAGGCAGAAUACAAUAUUUUGCGAUUUCUUCCAAAUCACCCCAAUGUUGUGAAGUUUUAUGGGAUGUUUUACAGAGCAGAUCACUGUGUGGGUGGACAGCUGUGGCUGGUCUUGGAGCUGUGUAAUGGGGGCUCUGUCACGGACCUUGUGAAAGGCCUCCUCAGGAGUGGCCAGCAGUUGGAUGAAGCAGUGAUCUCCUACAUCUUGUAUGGAGCCCUCUUGGGCCUUCAGCAUUUGCACAACAACCAAAUCAUCCACCGUGACGUGAAGGGGAAUAACAUUCUUCUGACGACAGAAGGAGGAGUUAAACUCGUUGACUUUGGGGUCUCAGCUCAACUCACCAGUACACGCUUACGGAGAAACACAUCAGUUGGUACCCCAUUCUGGAUGGCCCCUGAGGUCAUUGCUUGUGAACAGCAGUAUGACUCUUCCUAUGAUGCUCGCUGUGACGUCUGGUCCUUGGGGAUCACGGCGAUUGAACUGGGGGAUGGAGACCCUCCCCUCUUUGACAUGCAUCCUGUGAAAACGCUCUUUAAGAUUCCAAGAAAUCCUCCACCUACUUUGCUGCAUCCAGAAAACUGGUGUGAGGAAUUCAACCACUUUAUUUCACAGUGUCUUAUUAAGGAUUUUGAAAAGCGGCCUUCUGUCACACAGCUCCUGGACCACCCAUUUAUUAAAGAAGCUCACGGAAAGGUUCUGUUUCUGCAAAAACAGCUGGCCAAGGUGCUUCAAGACCAGAAGCAUCUGAACCCUGUUGCUAAGCCCAGGCACGAAAGGAUGCACACCAGAAGACCCUGUCAUGUGGAAGAUGCUGAAAAAUACUGCCUUGAGGAUGAUUUAGUUAACCUAGAGGUCCUGGAUGAGGAUAUAAUUAUUCAUCAGUUGCAGAAACGUUAUGCAGACUUGCUGAUUUACACGUAUGUUGGAGACAUCCUAAUAGCCUUAAACCCCUUCCAGAAUCUGAGCAUAUAUUCCCCACAGUUUUCCAGGCUGUAUCACGGGGUGAGACGGGCCUCAAAUCCCCCGCACAUAUUUGCUUCAGCAGAUGCUGCUUACCAGUGCUUGGUUACUUUCAGCAAAGACCAGUGCAUUGUUAUCAGCGGGGAAAGCGGCUCAGGGAAGACGGAAAGUGCCCACCUGAUUGUUCAGCAUCUGACUUUCUUGGGAAAGGCCAACAAUCAGACCUUGCGAGAGAAAAUUCUACAAGUCAACCCCCUGGUGGAGGCCUUUGGAAAUGCAUGUACUGCGAUCAAUGACAACUCAAGCCGUUUUGGAAAAUACCUGGAAAUGAUGUUUACACCAACCGGAGCCGUGAUGGGGGCAAGAAUCUCUGAAUAUCUCCUUGAAAAAUCCAGAGUCAUUAAACAGGCUGUGGGAGAGAAAAAUUUUCACAUAUUUUACUAUAUUUAUGCUGGUCUUUAUCACCAACAGAAACUUUCUGAAUUCAGGCUUCCUGAGGAAAAGCCUCCUAGGUACAUAGCUGAUGGCACUGGGAGAGUCAUGCAUGACAUAACUUCCAAGGAGUCUUACAAAAGACAAUUCGAAGAAAUUCAGCAUUGCUUCAGGAUUAUUGGGUUCACUGAGAAGGAAGUGCACUCAGUGUACAGAAUUCUGGCUGGGAUUUUGAGCAUCGGGAAUGUUGAGUUUGCAGCUAUUUCCUCUCAACACCAAACCGAUAAGAGUGAGGUGCCCAAUGCAGAAGCUUUGGAAAAUGCUGCUUUUGUUCUCUGCAUCAGCCCGGAGGAGCUGCAGGAGGCCCUCACCUCCCACUGUGUGGUCACCAGGGGUGAGACCAUUGUCCGUGCCAACACUGUGGAUAGAGCUGCUGACAUCCGGGACGCCAUGUCCAAAGCCCUGUACGGGAGGCUCUUCAGCUGGAUUGUGAAUCGCAUCAACACACUCCUGCAGCCAGACAGAAACAUAUGUAGUGCAGACCGUGGAAUGAAUGUGGGGAUCUUGGAUAUUUUUGGGUUUGAGAAUUUUCAGAGAAAUUCCUUUGAGCAGCUCUGCAUAAACAUUGCCAACGAGCAAAUCCAGUACUAUUUCAAUCAGCACGUGUUUGCUCUGGAACAGAUGGAGUAUCAGAAUGAGGGCAUUGAUGCCAUCCCUGUGGAGUACGACGACAAUCGUCCACUCCUGGACAUGUUCCUCCAGAAACCCCUGGGCCUGCUUGCACUUUUGGAUGAGGAAAGUCGGUUUCCCCGAGCAACAGACCAGACCCUGGUUGAUAAAUUUGAAGAUAAUCUCCGAUGCAAGUACUUCUGGAGGCCCAAAGGAGCGGAGCUGUGCUUUGGCAUUCACCACUACGCUGGAAAGGUAUUAUAUGAUGCUUCUGGGGUUCUUGAGAAAAACAGAGACACCCUCCCUGCUGAUGUGGUUGUAGUCCUGAGAACGUCAGCUAACAAGCUUCUUCAACAACUCUUCUCAAUCCCUUUAACCAAAACAGGCAAUUUGGCCCAGGCAAAAGCCAGGAUAUCAACAGCCUCCAGAUCUUUGCCUCCACAUUUCAGUGCUGGGAGAGCCAAGGUGGACACCCUGGAGGUCAUUCGGCACCCGGAAGAAACCACCAACAUGAAGAGGCAAACCAUGGCUUCUUACUUCCGGUAUUCUCUGAUGGACCUGCUCUCCAAAAUGGUGGUUGGACAGCCUCACUUUGUGCGUUGCAUUAAACCCAAUGAUGACCGAGAGGCCCUGCAGUUCUGCCGCGAGAGGGUCCUGGUCCAACUCCGCUCCACGGGCAUCCAGGAGACCAUCAACAUCCGCCGGCAGGGCUAUUCCCACCGCAUCCUCUUUGAAGAGUUUGUGAAAAGGUAUUACUACUUGGCAUUCAAAGCACAUCAAACACCUCCUGCUAGCAAAGAGAGCUGUGUCGCUAUCUUGGAAAAGACCAGAUUAGAUCACUGGGUGCUGGGGAAAACAAAGGUUUUCCUCAAAUAUUACCAUGUUGAGCAAUUAAAUUUACUACUUCGAGAAGUCAUGGGCAGAGUAGUUGUGCUGCAGGCAUACACCAAGGGGUGGCUUGGAGCCAGGCGAUAUAAAAGAGUCAGGGAGAAGAGAGAAAAGAGCGCCAUUGCCAUCCAGUCAGCCUGGAGAGGAUAUGAUGCGCGGAGGAAAUUUAAGAAAAUAAGCAACAGAAGGAGUGAGUCUGCUGUUCAUAUUCAAGCAGUUCUGAAAGCCUCUACUGACCAGAAAACCUGCCCAGAAACUGAAGCCAACAAUGGCCAUGCUGAAACUUCAAGCACCUUUCCUGCUGUCACUGAGAAAAAUCGGCAUUUACAAGUCCAGACUUCUCCGAGAGGGUGUGAUGCCUUCGCGGGACAUACAAAUAAGACAGGUCUUGCUGGCCCAGAUCACCAGGGAUGGAGCUUUCAGGAAGCCCUUCACAAACCUGAUUCAGAAGAUGGUCUUGCACAGAAGCAUCGGACACCUCGCCGACGAUGUCAGCAGCCCAAAAUGCUGAGUAGCCCUGAGGACACCAUGUACUAUAACCAGUUAAAUGGAACUCUAGAAUAUCAAGGGAGCAAGAGGAAGCCAAGAAAACUUGGCCAAAUCAAAGUGCUGGAUGGGGAAGAUGAAUAUUACAAAUCUCUCUCCCCUGUAGCCUGUCUCCCUGAGGAGGGCCACACAGCCCCCCCUUUCUUUUUUAACUCGUCCUCAGAAGGAGAUUCUUUUGCUCAACACUGAGUUAUUCUUCCUGACCCCGAGUCUGUUCAAGGUUCUAGGAUGGACUCCCUACCAGUCAUCCAGAGGAAAGGCCUUAUAAACAGCAGUGGAAAUCAAGAUGUACAGUGUUGCCUUCGAGGACAAUAAUGAGCUCCUAGAAACUAUUAAAAAGACUGAACUCCCAAUAAAUACAGGCAGUUCACAAAACAAUUCAAACUGGCACGUUAUGAAAAGUAUCUAACUUCACAUGUAAUAAAAUUCAAAUU